AAUCGUACCAUUAGAUCCUCUUAAUUUUGAUGAUACUCUGUUAUCUGUGAAUGUAAUAAGUUCAAAAUUUCGCAUUUCAGUUUGUUCUUUCAUUAAAUUUCGAAAACAGCGAUUAUUAUCGCUUAUACAGAUUGCGAAAGAAGCCGGUGGUAAUAUCUAUAUCAGUUUAUCAGCUCUAAAAAGCAGUUUUUAUUGCUACGUUUGAAUGAUCGAUAUGGAUCAAGAAAGUAAACAGCUUCUUUGUCACAUAUGUGGCAAAAGGUUAUCCAGUGUGUCUACAUUCAACCGCCAUAUAAAACAGGUGCACCUGCAAGAGCCACUUACAGGAAAGGACACGAAGAAUAUUAAAUGUCCACUUUGUGAGGAUAAACUUAAAUUAUCAUUUGGAAGCCAUGACCAGUUAGUGGAUCAUAUAGAAAAAAUUCAUUUUUUGACUAUUAUACGAUCAACUCUUUAUUUUGGAAACAAAGAGGAAUUUGAAGCUUGGAGAGCAGUUGACAAUAGAAAUAUAGAUUAUGCCUUUCAAAGAGGUCAAAAGAUCAAAGAUGAUGAGUACAUAUACUAUAAUUGCAAUAGGAGUAAUACAAGAGGAUAUGACAGUAAAAGUAACCAAAGAUGUUCAAAAGCAGGAGGAAGCAUUAAAAUAUCAGGAUUAUGUCCAUCUAGAAUUUGUGCUAAAAUAACUAAUUCUGGAGUAACAGUGAACUAUAUUGAAACACAUGCUGGCCAUGAUGAUGAACUCCGAGCCAAACAUUUAUCGAAGGAUCAACAGGAAAUGCUCGCUGAAAAAUUAUGUGCUGGUGUUACAAAAGAGAGAAUACUUGAGGAUGCGAGAAUAUUAGAGGAAGGGAAGCUCACCAGAAUGAAUAUUUUAACAAGAGGAGAUCUCUCAUAUAUCAUUCGAAAAUUCAAUAUAAACAAACAACGACAUGCAGAUGAUAUGACAGCAACAGCCUUAAAAGUGGAAGAAUUGAACUGUCAAGAUGAAAACACUGUUUUCUUAUUCAAGCAGAUAGGAGAAAGUCACCCUCAGCUGCAAAUUGAAGAUUUUGCUAUAGCUUUCAUGAACAGGACUAUGGAAAGAAAGCUGAGGGAAUUCCCAAAAAUUAUUUGUAUUGAUGGCACUCAUGGAACCAACAUGAGGAAUUUUGAAUUGACUAUUGUUUUAGUCAAAGAUGAGAACAAUGUUGGGUUCCCUGUAUCCUUUUUGAUUUCCAAUCGUUUGGAUCAGACGAUCCAAAACAUUUUUUUUAGGUCAUUAAGGGAAAGACUUGGAGACUAUAUAAAAUGUGAGUAUAUUAUGACAGACGAUGAUGCCAAAUAUUUCAAUGCAUGGUGCCAAGAAAUGGUGAAGGAUGAGAAGCCAAGGCGUUUGCUUUGCACGUGGCAUGUCAUAAAAAACUGGAACAUCCAAGGGAGAAAUAAAAUAAAGAAAAUAGAAAUCAGAAAAGGAAUGAAAUACAGAAUGAGGCAUAUAUUGAAAGAAACUGACCAAACCAAAUUUCUAGAAUUGAAAGAAGAGUACUUCAAAUAUUUGGAAGAAGAAUGUGAAUAUGAUUUUUUGAAAUAUUUACAGAAACACUAUUUUCAGAGUAUUGAAAGAAUAAUGAUGUGGUCCCAUUGCUACAGGAUAAAUGUUGGUAUUAAUACUAACAUGGCUAUUGAGAGCCUAAAUAAAGUGAUAAAAUACAAUAAAAUGAAGGGAAAGCAGAACCUACGAAUAGAAAAAUUAUUAGAUUUAUUAGAAGAUCUAGUACAAGAUAAAAUGUGGAAAAAAAUUAUUGAUUUGGAGAGACCUAACGCCAAUUCCUACCAAAGCAGAGUAGGUAGAGAAGCUCAUAUAAAGGCUGAAAAUGAAGUAAAGGACAAAGUGAUAGUAUUAGAUUCUGGUGAGUUUAAAGUUUUCUCGACUUCGGUAAGUGGAAAAUUUUAUAUAGUUAAAUAUAACGAGAUGUGUGACGAUGAAUGCAGAACCUUGUAUUGUGACCAAUGCAAAGUAUGCAUUCAUAAGUAUCAAUGUCAGUGUCCAGAAUACACUAUCAAAACUGCAUUGUGUAAACAUAUUCAUGCAGUUGCUUUGGCCGAAAAGAGGAGCGAUUUUGUUGUAGGUCCAGAGAGUGAUGAAUCUCCAUUAUGUAUAGAUGAGCCUUCGACUAGCAGAGUUCGAAAUCAAAAUGAAGUUGACAAUUUUAUUGAAGAAAUAACAGAAUCUCAAAAUACUGUUUCCAUUGAUCCUAGUACCAAGCGUGAGACUGUAUUGAAAGAUACAUUCCUGAAAUUAAAAUCAUUGGAUGAUGAAGAAUUUUAUAAGAUGGUAGAGAUUAUCAAUAAAACUUAUAAUAGUUCUCAAGCCAAAAAAACCCAAAGAGUAGAAAAAAGGAAAAUAGAAAAGCAAUUAUAUUAUCCUAACAAAAAGUAGAAUAUUAUGAAUGUUGGUGAUGGAAUAUUAUUCACAUUUAUAACUUGCUUUUCGUUUGAAUUUAGAAGGUUAAUAUUAAUCCACUGCUGCUUUGUGUUGGUUUUCAUUUUCGAUUACUUUGUAGAUAUCACUUAGAGGGUGUGAAGGUGGGGAGGUGGUGGGUCAAUAUCUACAUCUAUCAUGGAUGUCUGAUUUGUAGAAUAUGUGUGCUUCACUUUAGAAAUGAUAAUGCAUGAAUUUGUCUUUUUAGUGAUUGUGAAAUAUAAUUUCAUUCAUGUAGGUAAAUGUGGUUUUAUUUUGAUUUUGGAUUAUCUAAUUAUACUAAAGAAAUGUAUAAGAUUGCUUAAUUUAUAUCCAUUCUGAAUACAUUUUGUUUGUUUGUAGUGUUCACUUGUGUUGCGCACUCAAACUUACUCCGAGUAAGCUCUGAUUACUCAAAUUUACAAAUGUAUGUAUGUCUUCCUCAGAGUAUGCUCUCUGAGCAUGGUCAUACUCUACUCUUGUAGUAAGUUUGUGAAUGCAACCUUGGAGUAUAAUGCUAUUGUACAUGCACUGUUGCUUCCCAUGAGUUAUGCAGAUUUCUUUUGUGAAACAAGUAAAUGUAAUUGACUCGUACUUCUUGGAUAUUCUAUUGUUCAUUGUAGAAAAUAAAGAAUGAUAACUUUUUAA